CCUGCCUCCUUCGCUCUGGCUGCAGCGAUGAAAGCAGAAGGGUUAACCGAGACAAACCCGCGGAUGUGCCAUAAAACCGCCUGUUAUCGCUGAGAUAUCCUUCUGUGCCACGAAGUUCACCUGCUGGGCUCGCAGCUCUCCCGUGGUGUAGUCGAAGAUAAGAAGCUCUGUGUUAAAGGGGAACCUGAGCAAGCUGAGAGCCACAUAAGAGGGGGGCGGGGGGCUGUUCGUCGGCCCGCUGCAGUCUGAAUCACCGGAGACUCCCACCGCUGGUUCAUCAUCGACGUCGUUUGCCCAGUGUACGUGCGCAUCCUCUCGGAGGAAGAAAGCAUCGGGAGCCCGAGCCCGUGUUUGACCCUCUGCUGCAGCCCCGAGGUGCGCUGCUUGGCAGAGCAUGCUAAAUAAUGAGCCAAAGGGACACACUGGUUCAUUUGUUCGCCGGAGGAUGUGGUGGCACAGUGGGCGCUAUUUUGACUUGUCCUCUGGAGGUUGUGAAGACCAGGCUGCAGUCGUCUUCCAUCACUCUCUACAUCUCUGAAGUCCAGCUCAGCACCGUCAAUGGAGCCAGUGUGGCCCGUGUUGCUCCACCAGGGCCUCUGCACUGUCUCAAGUUAAUUCUAGAGAGAGAGGGACCUCGUUCACUCUUCAGAGGACUUGGACCCAACCUUGUGGGUGUGGCACCUUCCAGAGCGAUCUACUUUGCGGCCUAUUCAACAGCCAAGGAGAAGCUUAAUGGGAUACUUGAGCCAGACUCUACCCAGGUGCACAUGGUGUCGGCUGGGAUGGCAGGGUUCACCGCCAUCACAGCCACCAAUCCCAUCUGGCUGAUCAAGACCCGUCUGCAAUUGGAAACCAGAACCCGGGGUGAGCGGCGAAUGAAUGCAUUUGAGUGCGUGCGGCGGGUGUACCAGAUGGACGGUGUGCGAGGUUUCUACAGGGGCAUGUCAGCCUCAUACGCUGGCAUCUCUGAGACCGUUAUUCAUUUUGUCAUCUAUGAGAGCAUCAAACGUAAACUGCUGGAGUCCAAGGCCCAUGCCAGCAUGGACGAAGAGGAGGAGUCUGUGAAAGAUGCCUCAGACUUUGUGGGCAUGAUGCUCGCAGCAGCCACCUCCAAGACCUGUGCCACCUCCAUUGCCUACCCUCAUGAGGUGAUCCGCACACGGCUACGAGAGGAAGGCAGCAAGUAUCGGUCUUUCUUCCAAACUCUGCUGACCGUACCUAGGGAGGAGGGAUACCGGGCGUUGUACCGUGGCCUCACCACCCACCUCGUCAGACAGAUCCCCAACACCGCCAUCAUGAUGUGCACCUAUGAAGUGGUGGUCUACCUGCUUGGCCGUUAGCCCACCAGGUAUGUCUCCCUCCUGUUUAAAGAGGGAGACAGUUAGCAAAUGAUUGAGAAGGAGGCCCUUUGGCGAGGAAAAGUGAGGACAAAAUGUCAAAAUGAAGACCAAAGGAAGAAAUAACAUACUCUAUCUAGUGGACCAGAAGAGGACAAACGGACAGAAGAUGAAGCCCUUUGUUACCAUAUCUGCAUCAUCACCUCCAGUUCCCUUUAUCAGACUGAUGGAGGGCGCUACAGAUCACAGAAGAGGUAUUAUGGGUAGGACGAGAAAGGAGGCACUGACAGGAAAGACACAGAACGAGUUUGGCACCUGUUAAACAAAAGGUACCUCUGCAGGAAAAUAAAUGAAGCACAGUUCAGUGGCCUUAACGGGAAGGGUUUUAGUUUGCGUCCUCUGAAGCAAAGAGUGAAAAAUUGCCUUUUCACUCUUGGAUAGAGAUAUUGUGAAAGGGGAAUGCUUGGAGGUAACAUAAUUUGACAGGAAAGAUGAUAACUAAAAUGUAGGUAAAUUUCAAUAAUCCAAGAACCUGUACUUGGCAUUAUUUGUCUGCACUUGCUUCAGUGCUGUGAGACUACUGUACGAUUAGAUAACUGGCAGUUAAGGAAUGUUCAUUUAAAGCAGAAUGUCAGAGGGAAGUUGGCAUUUAAAAACAAAGACAUGAGUCUGUUUUGAAGUUACCUGAACUACCCGUCUUUGCACUACAGAAAGUGAGGCUUCAAGCAUUCCCCUCUGAACACUGCAGUCAACACCCCCUCGGUGGCCUGAAGUUCAUACGUAGCAGUGAGCUAACUGGCCAAACACAAUGAUGAGCUUGUGACGGCCUGCCACUCGAACACAUGCCUCAGAAACCAGCAUGUGUUCGAUAAAGAGUGGGUUGAAAUGCUGACUUGCUCAUUGAGCGUUUUAUUUCUCUACAGCUGUGGUGGUGACAUGCUUCGGCGGAAGUUGGCCUUCAAUGUUGGCAGUUUCUCUUUGUUCAAACUCAAAUAAGACGAGUAUACAAGGCCAGCUUCUGCCUGCACCCAGUCACUGCUCAGGAGGACUUUAAAAUCUAAAAAAACACGAGACCAGUGUGUCCUUUUUUGAGAUGUGAAGUGUGUGAUUGUUCAAAAGGUACCAAGACUUAGUACUAUUGGAGUGCCACUACUUGAAUAUAAUGUGACGGUGUGGGGAAAUGUUGGAGUGGGAGAAUGUUUAUAGAGUUUCAUCAUCACCCCGUGUGUGUGUGUGUGUGUGUGUGUGUGUGUGUGUGUGUGUGUGUGUGUGUGUGUGUGUGUGUGUGUGUGUGUGUGUGUGUGUGUGUGUGUGUGUGUGUGUGUGUGUGUGUGUGUGUGUGUGUGUGUGUGUGUGUGUCUCUGUGUGUGUGUCUCUGUGUGUGUGUGUCUCUGUGUGUGUGUGUGUGUGUGUGUGUGUGUGUGUGUGUGUGUGUCUCUGUGUGUGUGUGUGUGUGUCUCUGUGUGUGUGUGUGUGUGUGUGUCUCUCUGUGUGUGUGUGUGUGUGUCUCUCUGUGUGUGUGUCUCUCUGUCUGACUUGUUGGUUACUUUCACAGUGAUAAUCUAACUGUUAGGGUUAAGAGUGUGUGUGUGUGUGUGUGUGUGUGUGUGUGUGUGUGUGUGUGUGUGUGUGUGCUCGUGUGUCUACGUUCAUGUGUGGCUGCAUGUAUAAUUAAUAUCUACUCCAGAUUUCCCUCCACUAACUAUUAACUUGCGAGACACUGCGGUUGCGAGUGUGGAGAAGCUCCUGUACGAUACUGGCAGCUUUCAUUCCCACUCUCAUGCCAGUCCUUUCUUCUAGUGGCUUCCAACUGAUCUGAUAACAUGCACUUUUGUGGCCUUUUAGGGCUUGUGCUUUGCAUUUUAUUGUGUGGACAGUUUGAACUUGUACAUUGUAAAAGAAAAAAAGUAUUACUGUAUAUCAAAAUGGUAUUUUGCAUUUUCUGUUCUUAUAACAGAUAUAUUGUACAGUUUAAAGUUCUCAGUAGUUGUGAAGGAUGUCCAAAUGUGUGUGUGUGUGUGUGUGUGUGUAUAUAUAUAUAUAUAUAAUAUAGAUCCUGUAUAUGCAUAUCAUUUGUUGUUUUUCUCUGAGACCCAUGUAUGAUCAUGCUGUAGUUUGCGUUUGCAAAUUAUUGCUUUCAUUUAUGUGCAAUUUGACCUUGUUUUGACAUGGAUUGUUGAUAUGAAUAUUGAUAUUGCUUAGCUGAUUUUUCUUACAGUAGCCUAUACAUUGUGGGUUUUUUUUGUAUUUGUAUGUUGCUGUCAUGAAAACAUUUGUUCUUACAUGAAAGCUGACAAAUGCUGCAGGACAAAUACUUUCAUGUAAGCGUUUGUGCUGGAGCGUUGGUCAUUUUACGGCAUUCAUAAAAAGUGUUCCAUUUUGUAAAGUUUGUCAUUGGUAAUGUUUACAUUGUUCAUUAGUUUCUGUCAGAUUAUUUUUGGUUCUCCAAGCAACGUGUUUUGAAAAUCAAGUUUUUUUUUUUGUUAUAGUAUUUUAAUGUAAGAGCUCGAGAACUGAAAUUGUGCUUCUACAACACUGUACAGAGUACCACAGUGAGUUGGGACUUUUAAAAACUGAAUCAAAGAGAUCCAGAACUUGCUAAACUAAUCUGAUACUGAAGAGGGUUGUUGGUAAGAGAUGGUAAAUGUACCCUUUAAACAAUCCUUUCAAAAAGUUCAUACAGCAUACAUAAAGAUCUUUUCAAAUUGUAUCCAAGCACCUCUUAUAUUGUUUAUUAUCAAAACAUCAUUUUUUUUACUUGACUUUUAAAACUUCUGUUAAGCAGAGAAAAGCUGUCCCUCCACAGCCUCACUGACCCAGUGGUCUCACACUGCUACAUAUGGAAAUGAUGAAGUCUGCUUCUAGUUUCCAUGUUUAAAAGUAUUGUUUAUAUCAUCAAUUAUAGGAAUCUGGUGCGUUCACUUUGUUGAAUGCUCUCGUUUUUUCCACACUUGUUGCUGGAUCCUUUCAGAGGCAAACCAAGGCCUGUGUUGUACCUUGUAAUAGUUAUUGAUUUUCAGUCUCCAUUGACAUGUUGUGCUAGCCUAUAGUUGCUGUCGGUGCUUGAAAAAAAAAAUUGCUGACUCAUUUUAGCGUCCAUGUUUUCCUGUAAUACACUAAUAGCUUUUAUCUCUGGCUUCAUCGCAGUAAUACUUGAGGUCAAAUUACCAAAAUGUGACAUAAACGGACAACUGGACAAACGGUGCAAACAUUUCACUUUAUUUUUUACCUCUCAUUUCAGUGUCUGUAUGUAAUUCAAUAUCUAACAUGUAUGUUGGACAGGAUGCAGCCUCAAGAAGGGUUGAAUGAAACCUGGAACAUUGAUUUUUGCCAGCUCAAUCAUUGAUGUAUUUUUUGUUUGUUUGUUUUUUAAACAAAAAGUAAAUAAAAAUCCUCUUGCAACUAAAA